CACUUCACGGAGCAGGCACACUUCCGGCAUGUGACGUGUCUGGCUGCUGCAGAACCGGAUGCUGGUGGCUGCUGUCCGGUGUGGAUGUCAGAUGUAAACUGCUGAAGAGGAGCGACAUUGUUGUCUGAAUCUUUGAGGGCAGACUGGCCGCUGUGAACAUGCUGCUGUGGCUGCUUGGAGCCGCGCUGCUGGCUCAAGCGGACGGCUUCUAUCUCCCGGGCCUGGCCCCCGUCAGCUUCUGUGAGCCGGGAACCGAACAAGUUCCAGACUGCAAGUCGACCAUUGAGCUGUUUGUGAACAGGCUGGAUUCAGUGGAGUCUGUGCUGCCGUAUGAAUAUACUGUAUUUGACUUCUGCUCAGAGAGCACAUUGAAUCGUCCAUCAGAGAAUCUGGGCCAAGUUCUUUUUGGGGAAAGGAUCGAGCCGUCACCAUACAAGUUUGAGUUUAAGAAACCUGCUGUGUGUAAGAAGGUGUGCACAAAAACAUAUGACAGCAACAGUCCUGCAGACAAAGCCAAACUGGACUUCCUCAAGAAAGGCAUGCUGCUCAACUACCAGCAUCACUGGAUUGUAGAUAACAUGCCCGUCACUUGGUGCUAUGAUGUUGAAGAUGGGCAGUUCUGUAAUCCUGGUUUCCCUAUUGGCUGUUACGUCACUGAAGGAGGCCGACCCAAAGACGCCUGCGUGGUUAAAUCUAACUUUAUUGAAAAAGACGCUUUUUACAUCUUUAACCACGUGGACAUCACCAUCUUUUACCACAUUGUGGAGCACGAACAACUCGGAGCACGAUUGGUUGCUGCCAAGAUUGAACCCAAAAGCUAUGAAAACCCUAAUGAUGACAGCCCUGAUUGUUCCGGAGGACCAAAGUUCCUGAAAAACGCACACACUGGAGUGUUCAAGAUCCCAUACACUUACUCUGUCAGCUUUGUGGAAGACAAGAAUAUUCGCUGGGCAUCUAGAUGGGACUACAUCCUGGAGUCAAUGCCUCACACCAACAUCCAGUGGUUCAGCAUAAUGAACUCGUUGGUGAUUGUGUUGUUCCUGUCUGGAAUGGUAGCCAUGAUCAUGCUGCGGACUCUGCAUAAAGACAUUGCCAGAUACAAUCAGAUGGACUCUGUGGAGGAUGCCCAGGAGGAGUUUGGGUGGAAGUUAGUCCAUGGAGAUGUUUUCCGACCUCCCAGAAAGGGAAUGCUGCUGUCGGUGUUUCUUGGCUCUGGAACUCAGAUCUUCAUUAUGACCUUUGUCACACUUUUCUUUGCCUGUCUUGGCUUCCUCUCUCCGGCUAACCGUGGGGCUCUGAUGACGUGUGCUGUUGUUCUCUGGGUUCUUCUGGGAACUCCAGCUGGAUAUGUGGCUGCUCGCCUCUACAAAUCUUUUGGAGGAGAGAAGUGGAAGACCAAUGUUCUGCUGACAGCCUUCCUUUGUCCUGGGGUGGUGUUUGCAGAUUUCUUUGUGAUGAACUUGAUCCUGUGGGGUGAAGGGUCUUCAGCAGCCAUGCCUUUUGGGACCCUGGUAGCCAUAUUGGCACUUUGGUUCUGUAUCUCUGUGCCACUUACCUUUAUAGGAGCAUACUUUGGCUUCAAGAAGGCAGGUAUUGAGCACCCAGUGCGGACUAAUCAGAUUCCUCGUCAAAUCCCAGAGCUGUCGUUCUACACAAAGCCAUUCCCUGGUAUCAUCAUGGGAGGAAUUCUGCCUUUUGGAUGUAUAUUUAUUCAGCUGUUCUUCAUACUUAACUCUAUCUGGUCCCAUCAGAUGUACUACAUGUUUGGCUUUCUUUUCCUUGUCUUCAUUAUUCUGGUCAUCACCUGCUCUGAGGCCACCAUCCUGCUCUGCUACUUCCACUUAUGUGCUGAGGACUACCAUUGGCAGUGGCGUUCAUUCCUGACCAGCGGCUUCACUGCUGUCUAUUUCCUGGUCUAUGCCAUUCAUUACUUCUUCUCUAAACUGCAAAUCACCGGACUGGCCAGCACCAUCCUAUACUUUGGUUACACCAUGAUCAUGGCUCUUAUCUUUUUCUUAUUCACUGGUACAAUCGGCUUCUUUGCCUGUUUCUGGUUUGUUACCAAGAUCUACAGUGUGGUCAAAGUGGACUGAAGGAUCCCAACACGACAGACUAUGUAUGGCUGGUGUGGCUGAAGGUUGCUUUCUCCCAUCAAUCUCUGGAACAUUUAGCACUGUCAGACUGAACAUUACGACGUGAACCUUCACCUGUUUGUUUAAUCAACCAGAGACUCAACUCAACUUUCUGCCUCUGAGUGACAACAGUUUGCUUUGUUUCUGUGCCUAAAAUAUUUGUGUGUGAGCAUGUGUACACUGGGUUGUAAUUUUAUACAUACACUAUCUAUCUGAACUGAAAGAAACAUAACUGAAUAAGCCUCGUAAUACGGCUAGUGUCUGACAGUUAAAUACAGUGCAGUGACCACAGCUGGCACUGCGGACAGACUGUAUCGGUUCUCAUUUUAAGGUUCUUUCAUAAUUUGUGCGCUCUGUUUGCAGAUGUAGUUAGAAAUUGUAGUUCUACAGAUAAAGUUGUGAGGCUCUACUCCUUAACGGCUACCACUAGUCUCUCUGACCGGUUAUUGACACUGUAUGUGUCAAAAUGGAUCCACCCCAUGCUCCAUUCUUAAGGCUCAUCUAAGUGCAGCAGGAUAUGCAGCUAAUUUUAAAGUUUGAAGUUCAUCACCAAUGAGAGUUUUGUGGUAUUCAGUUUCUUCACAUUAUUAUGGGACAGUUGUCAUUUAUUUGUGGUGCGGGUGGAGAGCUGAACUGCAAUUUGGAAAAGGGGUGCAGGUUCAGCCAACUGGCCUCCAGUUCUGUGAAACAGACAAGGGCUGCAAGGAGGCACACACUGAAAUAAAACAGUUUGACAGCUUCCAUAAUGCAGGGCCGAAAUGUAUUAGAAUCUAACAGAAAGCUAAGUUCUAGGCGACUUUGCUACAGUAGUAGCCUCUGCUUCAUUACAGGCGAUGCACAUUUUGAUGCCUGUCCUCAUUGUGUUCUUGCUCCAAAAAAGCAGCCUUUCUAUCACAUUCACUCUCCAGAGGCACUUCUCAGCUCCUUAUUUUGCCUACUGCACUUUCUAUGUGCUUUGAUCAGUCUUUGUAGGUUUCAGGUCAGUCCAAGACUUCUUUAGUUAAGGCUAACAAAUGUUACAAGCAAAAAGUAGUUAGAUAUCAAUGAAGCUCAAAUUUUGGGCAGAACAAUGGCUCAAGCUUUUUAAAAAAAUAAUGAAAAAUACAUAGUGAUAAAAACAUGUUAGGUCAGACAGAAAUGGACUUUGGCUAGCUGUAGUAGUUUCACCAUCUCUCACUGACCUCCAGCAAAUAAUUCUUUGGAACCUGGCAGCCUUUCUGUUGUCUUGUUACAGUGUGUCACUGUUGGUUACAUGUAUUUCUAUAUGCUGAGCUCGCCUUGUCAAAGCUCUUAACUGCACAGUUUAACUAACUGUAGCACAACAAUUAAAAGCAAAAUUUCAGUACAAAAGGAAUGACACUCCAUACAAUGAGUUUGAGCGUAAGAAUAAUUUCUCAAAUUUAAAAAGGAUUUAAUUGAAAACAUUUUGUGUAAAAGUAAAGAAGAGUUGUUGACUGUUUAGUCCAGGAUUGAGAAAUGUGUGUAACCAAUUGUAAGAAAAAACAAACCUGUAAAUUCUGAGCCUUUAAUGAGAUUCAAGAGAAAGAAACGAACAGCCAGAAAUCUCAACACCAUCGUCCCUUACAUCCCAACAGUACACACUACAAUACUUCUUCUGUUACAGUUGUUCUGUUCAGGAAUAAAUCCAUUUUUUCUUUUUUGAAAGUGAAAGUCAUUCUUGAGAGAGCUGACUACCAUGAGACGAGCUCACAUCUUUGUAUACCAGGUGGUUAUGAUCUAUCAGUUCAUCUUGCUCUUGUUCUCAACUUUCUCCACAAGUGCACCAAGUUUGUGAAGUGAGUCAGUGAAGCGGGCUGUGUAUCAGAGGCUUUACCUCGACCAUCUUAACGUUAUGGAGUUUGAAACACUUAUUGUAUAUAGCUUUUUCUAAUGUAAAACAAAGUGGAGUGGGAAAUGGAACAAAUGAGAAAGAUGUGAAUGAACUUGCUCAUUACCAUGGAAACAUUCUUCUAAUAUUCUUGUGUUUUAAACUAUGCUUUGUCAAAGUUUGUUGUGAUUAAUCAGACGUCUAAUAAUUAAAUUGGUUUUCGUUUUCUCUCA